GACAGUUGACAGCUCAAGGCAGAAUGGCUACUAUGGUUUACCAAGUACAGGCUCCAGCAUGUGGAGCCAGGCAGCAUGUCAGAGGAGAUCAAAACAUGGUGCCUGUUCCCUAUCACGAGCCACUGGAAAGCACCAGCCACGCUGUUCUCCAGGUGGAAAAGCCAGUUUCUCCAGGUCCAAAAAGCUUCUUUGUUAACAUCUUUGAUGGCUCAAAGGGAAAGAAGAUUACUGUAAAGAUAAGGAGCACUGACACCAUUGGGAAACUCCAGAAGAAAGCAGAGAAGCUCAAGCCAGAUUUUGUGGGAUGCGGGAAUCUGACCUUUAAUGGCAAACCAGUUCAACUACAACAGAAGCUGUGUGAUCUGCAGGUGGAGCCCGGUGCUACAUUCAUCACCUACCAGAAGUGCCAUGGAGGCUAAAAAGACUUUUUUAAGCUCUUCUGUUUAUUUUUUUUAUGCUUGCGUGUCUAUUAUGUACUAUAUGUCUUCAUAUAACCGUUAGGUUCGA